AUGCCAGCAGUCCCCUCCGCCAUCGAGCUGCUAGGAAACUCCCUUGUGCAUCGCAGCACCAACUUAACCUCUCCCAAUGCGACGGCCAAGGUUCUUGAGGUUGUCUGCGCUUGGCCAGUUUCUGGGCAAUAUGGCCCGGGAACUCGAGUGCUUUACUAUGCUUCGAUGGCAGCCUGUAUAUUUGCACGUAAAGCAGAAUGGAUUCGCAGCGCUUGUCUAGCUGCCGCGUUGCUGUUCCCUGCCGUUGCAGCUCUUCAUGGAAUUGUCCUAGCGACUCUUCAUCGAAGCGGUGCUGUCGAUAUGGAUGUUUACGGCGCUUUUCAGUUAUGCGCAAUUGGCAUCCUCACUGCACCAGUAACUGUGCGACUGUCCAAGACAUAUUUCAACAAUCCCGGUCGCGACAUCAUAUUCCUGUGGACUGGCCUCCUUCUUGCUGGACUCCUCAGUUUGACCGUGGAGUUCAUUCGUUUCGAUGCUACAACCUGUCCUGCCGAUGAUCCGGCCACAAUUGCUUGGAACUUAACUGGUAAAUUCUUUUAUAACAGUACCUGUGGCAUGACCUGUGGCCAGGGGGGCCCCUAUUCACCUUUACGACAAGGAUCAGCCGACAAUAUAUACGUGAUCCCCGUACCCCAUCAGCUUACAUUCAACACGGCGACACUCCUCGCAGCAGCAUGCUGCAUUCCAGCCAUCUUAUCGCUUGUAUCAAUGUGGAUUAAGAUCCUGGAGAAGAAUUGGGAGAAAAUAGCUCUCAAAGAUCGACCCAAUGAGAAGCCUGAUGAGCAACCUAUUGAAGGCACCAAUGGAGCAACUCCGAAGCAAAUGACGGGCAUUGCAAACAAAGUACGAGGCUGGUUGACACUGAUUGAGAUCCCGGUUUUUAUUGCAGCGGUACUGGCAAUAUUGAUCAAAGGCGAGAUGAACUUCUUCAGCACGCCCGUGAAAUAUCAAACUGAGCCCAUCCAAAGUAUUGGCCAAUGGGCACCAAUUGUCGGUACUGGGCUUGCUGCAAUCGGAUCGCUGUAUCUUCUACUCGCGGCCGAUAUGGAGGCUGAGGAGAACGAGGAGAACGAGGAGAACGCGGAGAACGAAAAUCAGGAACCAGAGACUCAAGAUCCGAAUCAGCCAGAUGGACCAGUUAUAAUACAAUGUCAAUCAUGUGCAGGGUGUAAUCAUAUCAUCUCGAAUGCAAUCACAGACAAGGACUCAGACUCUCAACGAAGCUCCCAAAGUGAAAGGGACGGACCCAGCACCGAAUUCGGGAGAACAGCCACUGAACCUUCAGUCUCGUCUGGAAUGCGCCGUGCUACCACAAAUCAAUCCGAAAAGUCCAUCGAUACAGGCGGCAGACGACAAGUAGCCCGUCUUCUCAACUCGGCGAGUAGACGACUCGCUGCUAGAGCACACAGUCACAUGGAAGAUACUGGAUUCAAUGCUCAGGAGAAAUUGAAAUUCCCUGAAAUCCCUGGUGAAUUCCUGCGGAAUGACAAAUUGCCAGAUAUUCAGAGGGCAUACAGCAACACUCCUUUGCCGCGGUCUAGAGCCACUAGCUUUGCUGGUAGCGUUGACUCGGACUCCUCUAAUGGCGAAGGGAGCUCAAGGAUCGUUCAGCGUCCCUUCCGACAAUUAUCGUUACAAGUUCCGGCUCCAGCACGAACAGCUGGUCACCGGCCACACUCAAAUACUCUUCCAUCAAGACGAAGCUCCUUCGAAUACAGCGUCCAGCGCGACGGCACGAUUACACCCAUUAAUCUAUCUGCGGGACCAACUAGCCCGGACGAGCUGUCACGAUUUGAACAACAACCUAGACAAUCACCUGUAACUCCCUCGCCGAGUGCUUUGCAGGCUAACUUUAAUGCGCCUUCUCUGCGAGCUCAAAGCCCGGCACCCCAGAUUGUUGUUUCUUCCAGUAAAAAAGAGGAAACAGAGUCGGAUUGA